AUGUUAUCACGUCUCAUUACUAGAUCAUCCCAAGUUGGCGCCUUUACUUCUACCAUACCAAAGAGAUAUUCAUCGAUUAUCUCUGUUCAUAGAGAUACAAAAGAAGACAACCCAAAUAUACCUUUUGAAUUCACUUCUGAAAACAAAAAAAGAGCCGAAGAAAUCAUUGCCAAAUAUCCUCCACAAUAUAAAAAAGGUGCCUGUAUGCCGUUAUUGGACUUGGGUCAACGUCAAUUGGGCUUUACAUCUAUUUCCGUCAUGAACUAUGUUGCCAAGUUAUUGGAUAUGCCACCAAUGAGAGUCUAUGAAGUUGCUACUUUCUAUACCAUGUAUAACAGACAUCCUAUGGGUAAAUACAACUUGCAAGUCUGUACCACUACUCCAUGUCAAUUGUGUGGAAGUGAUGGAAUCAUGGAAGCCAUAACCAACCAUUUGAAGAUCAAACCAGGUCAAACUACUCCAGAUAAAUUAUUCACUUUACAAGAAGUUGAAUGUUUGGGUGCUUGUGUCAAUGCUCCAAUGAUUGCCAUUAAUGACGAUUACCAUGAAGAUUUGACUCCAGAAGCCACUGUAAAAUUAUUGCAACAAUUACAAGAAGGUAAAGAAUUAAGUGAAGUUGGUCCAGUUGAUGGAAAGAGAGAAUCAUGUGAACCAUUCAGUGGACAAAAGGUAUUGUUGGGCAAAGAACCAAACGAUAUUAGAAAGUUCACAAGAGCUGAUUUGUAA